AAAUAGUAAAUUAUUGAACUUAAUCAGCUUUAUUUAUUUUACUUUAACAGAAUACUAUCCAACAUGAAGUACUUAGCUUUGAUCUUGUUGAUCGGUUUGACAUCUGCAGCAUACGUGCACGAUGAUCUUCUUGACGAUUACUAUGAAGAUCUGAUCAUCUCUCAGAAGAACUUUGUUUCUUUUGCAGAAGCUGAACAAGAUAUGAAAACCGAAUUGGGAAAACACUUGAAAAAGACUUUGGAUCGUAUUCUGGGUGAAAUUAAGGAUACUUUAGAUCGUGGAAAGUCCGUCAGCCGUGAAUUAAUUGAUCAGGCUAGAGAUACUCUGGUUAAGUUGAAAGAUUUUAAAGUUGAAUUGGAAGGUAGAACAAAAGAUCUUCUCCAAGAUGUGAAGGAUCGUCUGAAAUCUUGGUGGAAAGAAGUUUUGGAUAAAUUGAACGUUCACAAGGAUGACAAUAAAGUCCAACAUUCACCUAUGGAUUUGUUCAGAAAAUUAGUUGAAAGAUUUGGUCUGGAGAAACACAUUCAGGUCCUCCAAGAAAUGAUGACUGGUAACACUGAUAUGGAAACUAUUCAUAAUUUUAUGAAAGAAAAGUUUCCCAGGACUAAAGUGCUUGUGGACAAAAUGAUGGAAAUAUUAGCUUCUGGUCGUGAGAAGUUUCAGGACUUUUUAGCCAAACUCUUGAAAAGAGAAAAUUAAACUCAGCAAUGUGUAUAUUUAAUGAAUAAUAAAAUAAAAAUAUAACUUAUAUA